AUGAAAAUCAAGAGGAGCGUAGACGUAAGGCUAAUAGCCUUAUGUACGACUUAUAUACUACUACCAGCCAUAGCAUGUCCAUCACAGUGUGUUUGUAAAUGGAAAAACGGAAAGAGAUAUGUUGAAUGCACAGAAAAAGAUUUGAAAGCAAUACCCUACGCAUUAGAUUCAGAAACUCAAGUGUUAGAUUUCACUGGUAAUGAUUUACAAAUACUACAGAAGGAAAUCUUUCAAAAUCUUGGACUGCUUGAUUUACAGAAGAUUUAUUUACAAAGAUGCCGUUUACAAAAAGUAGAUAAUCAUGCCUUUAAAGGACUUGCUAACUUAGUGGAACUUGAUCUAUCGAAUAACUACCUAACUGUGAUUCCCUCACCAAAUUUUGUUUUCCUUCCAACUCUUAUGAGGCUUUCUUUAAAUAAUAAUCCCAUAACUAAUAUAAAAACACAUUGUUUUCAACACUUGUCCUAUUUGAAUACAUUGGAAAUGAUUGGUUGUAAAAUUGAAACAGUGGAAAUUGAAGCAUUUUCAGGUUUAAAACAUUUAGAAUGGUUAAGGUUAAAUGGGAAUAGGCUUUCCAGUAUCAAAGGUGACAAUAUUUUUCCUGAUACUUUGCGGGGUAUUGACCUUUAUAAUAAUAAUUGGAAUUGUGACUGCCAUUUAAGAGACUUACAAAAUUGGUUGUUGAAUUUCAACAUGCCACACAUCGUUGAACCAGUUUGCUCCCUCCCGGAGCGUUUAAAGAACCGUACAAUUACUAGUGUUGCUAAAUUUGACUUGGCAUGUUUACCGAAAUUAGUUCCUACAACAAUGUUUUUAGAGACUAUUGCAGGUAACAACGUAACUCUUGAAUGUAUAGUGACUGCCGUACCAGAAGCCAAGAUACAUUGGUUGUACCAAGGACAAGUAAUACGUAAUUACUCAACUUUCGCUGUAGACUUUCACCAUGUGUUUUAUGUUGAGACCGGAAAUGAAGAGAAAAAAAGCGAGUUAUUUAUAUAUAACAUUGGGAAUGAUGAUAAUGGAACUUAUUCUUGUGUAGCUGAAAAUUCAGCUGGCCGUACUCGAGCAAAUUAUACUAUUAGAAUUCUGGUUAAAGAGGAACCUGUUGUUAUCGUAGUGACAUUUCCACACAGACACUUAGUAGUUAUUAUUACGGUUAUUUUCUUAAUAAUAGUUUUAUUGAUAGCUAUUAUAGCUGUAGUACUUUUGAAGUUUAAAACAGAUACAAGAAGUAGAAAGAAGAAAGAGAGUGGAAAGGAUGUAGCUUUAUGUAAUCAAAUUUUACCAUCAAAUAGAAGCAAUGGAUCUGUUCCGAAGAAUAAUGGCAGCGUAAUAGUGAACGCUCAUUCACAUCACGCUUUACAUUACACGGUGCAGGCAAACCGUGAUUAUGAGUCUAGUGAAACUUAUCAAAGCAAUAAUAUGAAGGGCUUCGUCGACAGAAAUCCUGACCUAAUUAGUGAUGCGGAAACUGUCGCUAACAAUGCACAGAAUGAAAACACAUUAUCUGUUUACAAAACACAAACAGCAAGCAACACUUUUGAAGAGGAAACUGCAUUUACAACACAUAAUGUACCACGUCAAGUUAAAUGGCAGGAUCAACAGAAUUUAAAUGGCAUAAACAUUCCUCAAAAUGGGUUAUAUCAACAUUCCGCCGAUGUUCAUUUAAAUCCAGGAUGCUUUUUAGAUAGUGAAGGCUAUCCAUAUGAUUAUGGUCUUCCUAAACGUCCUUGUCGUACACCCAUUAUGUCAAAUUACUCUGUGAUAGGACCUUUUUACCAAACUUUGCCUCAUAAUAGGCCUAAAGGUCAAAAACUUGCCUGUAAAUUUGCAAAAGAUAACGAAUUUAAUACAGCUCCACCGAUAUGCCCUAACUUUGAGGUAUUCAACGGCACCAAUGUUAGACGUACCCUUGAAGGAUAUCCGAUACCAAGAAAUCGACAAGUUGCUUUUGUUGGUAACGGUACUGUAUAUUACAAUGAAGAAUUUGUUCCAUCACCUCCAGAGGGAUACAAAACAGAAACUUUGCAGUGCUGUACACAAGAACCUUGUCCUUCUUGGGUAAGUCCAAAAGGAACAUGCGCAGUAAUGGUUCCCGUAGGGGUAGCUGAAACCCCAGGUAGAUGUUAUCAAGUCGAGACAAGAUGUGUAGAUACUCAGACAACUGACGCCCGAAUCCCAGUAGAUAAUAGUGAAAGUGUUCUUAAGCCACUGCCUCAAGUAUCUAAUGCUAAGUGUGCAUCAGAUAUAUGUUCAGAAAGUCCCGAUGAAGGAUACGUGGGGGAUGCAAAUGAUAUCUGA